ACGGGCACACAACACAAGAAACCGUAGACAAGAAUUAAGAGUUUCUUCAACAGCGAUACAAUGCCGGCAACAGAGAAAGACCUGGCUGAAGACGCGCCAUGGAAGAAAAUCCAGCAGAACACAUUUACACGCUGGUGUAACGAACACCUGAAGUGCGUUAAUAAGCGGAUAGCUGACCUACAGCAGGACCUUAGCGAUGGCUUAAGGCUCAUCGCCUUGCUGGAGGUCCUUAGCCAAAAGAAGAUGUACAGAAAAUACCACCCAAGACCCACUUUCAGGCAAAUGAAGUUAGAGAACGUCUCGGUGGCACUUGAGUUUUUGGACCGUGAGAACAUUCGUUUGGUUUCGAUUGACAGUAAAGCCAUAGUUGAUGGGAACCUGAAGCUCAUCCUGGGCCUGGUCUGGACCCUGAUCCUGCAUUAUUCCAUCUCUAUGCCAGUCUGGGAGGAUGAGGACGAUGACGAGGCCAAGAAGCAGACACCCAAGCAGAGGCUGUUGGGCUGGAUCCAGAACAAAGUGCCAGACUUACCCAUCACCAACUUCAGUGAGGACUGGAGGGAUGGCAAAGCUCUUGGUGCCUUGGUAGACAGCUGUGCCCCAGGUUUGUGUCCUGACUGGGAGACCUGGGACACAGUGAAGCCAGUGGACAAUGCCACUGAGGCCAUGCAGCUGGCUGAUGAUUGGCUGGGUAUUCCACAGGUUAUUGCUCCAGAGGAGAUCAUCGAUCCCAGUGCUGAUGAGCAGUCUGUCAUGACAUACUUGUCCCAGUUCCCCAAGGCUAAACUGAAGCCUGGAGCCCCACUAAAGCCCAAGCUCAACCCUAAGAAAGUCCGUGCCUAUGGCCCAGGCAUCGAGCCAGUUGGAAACAGGGUUAUGCGUCCAGCCAUCUUCACCGUCGACACCUUCAGUGCAGGCCAGGGUCAGGUGACCGUGUACGUGGAGGACCCUGAAGGCAACAGACAAGAGAUAAAGCCAGUGCUUAACGAAGGCAAAAAGACUUACUCUGUGACUUACACUCCUCAAGUCAUGGGACCACACAAGGUGACAGUGCUGUUUGCUGGCCAGGAAAUUCCUAAGAGCCCAUUUGAAGUGGACGUGGAUAAGGCUCAGGGAGACCCUACCAAGGUCACAGCCAAGGGGCCUGGCCUGGAGCCUCUGGGCAACAUCGCUAACAAGCCCACUUAUUUCGACAUAUACACUGCAGGCGCUGGCGUGGGUGAGGUCAGUGCGGUGAUCAAGGAUCCGCAGGGCAAUAAGAACACUGUGGAGGCUGCCCUGGAGGACAAAGGAGAUAAUGUUUUCCGCUGCACCUACAAACCCAUGCAGGCUGGCCCUCAUAUUAUCACCAUCACCUUUGGAGGCAUUGCCAUACCCAAGAGCCCCUUCACCGUCAACGUUGGCCCAGCAUCGGUGCCCAGCGCUUGUCGUGCCACGGGGCGAGGGUUGCAACCCAGAGGCGUGAGAGUGCGGCAGGUGGCUGACUUCAAAGUGGACACUCGAAACGCAGGAAGCGGAGAUUUGAAGGUCACAGUCAAGGGACCUAACGGCCAGGAUGAGCUGGUGAAACAGAGGGAGUCCACAGAUGGGGUUUUUGCUUAUGAGUAUUUCCCAAGCACACCUGGCCGCUACACCGUGACCAUAACCUGGGGGGGUCAGCACAUUCCCAAGAGUCCUUUCGAAGUCCAAGUGGGGCCAGAGGCUGGACCACAGAAAAUCCGAGCUUGGGGUCCAGGUCUACAUGGUGGCAUUGUGGGAAAGUCCGCAGACUUUGUGGCUGAAUCUAUAGGCACAGACGUAGGAGUCCUUGGCUUUGCCAUUGAGGGUCCGUCCCAAGCCAAAAUCGAGUGUGAGGACCAGAACGAUGGCUCGUGUGAUGUACGGUACUGGCCCACAGAACCAGGAGAGUACGCUGUUCACGUCAUGUGUGACGACGAGGACAUUGAAGACAGUCCAUUCAUGGCUUACAUUGUCCCAGAUAACAAAGCCAGCCAACCCAACAAGGUCAAGGCCUAUGGACCUGGCUUGGAGAAGACUGGUUGCAUUAUCAACAAGCCUGCUGAAUUUACAGUGGAUGCCAGUGAAGCAGGAAAAGGUCCUCUGAAGAUUAUUGCACAGAAUGCUGAGGGGAUGCCAAUAGAUGUGAAAAUGAAGAACAAAGGAGACAACGUGUAUGCCUGCUCUUACACCCCCACUGCUGCAGUCAAACACACAGUGGCUGUGACCUGGGGAGGGGCCAGUGUGCCUAACAGCCCCUUUAGGGUGAAUGUGGGCAAGGGAAGUCAUCCUCAUAAAGUUAAAGUGUUUGGCCCUGGCGUGGAGAGGACUGGACUCAAGGCUCAUGAGCCCACACACUUCACUGUGGACUGCAGCGAGGCUGGAGAAGGAGACAUCAGUGUGGGAAUAAAGUGUGAUGCCAAUGUUGUCAGUGACAAAGAGGAGGAUGUCGACUUUGACAUCAUCCCCAACGCUAAUGACACUAUCACCGUCAAGUACAUCCCUCCAGGGGCUGGACGCCUGACCAUCAAAGUGCUGUUCACCGAUCAGGAAAUCCCCAUCAGUCCAUUCCGUGUUAAAGUGGAACCUUCCCAUGAUGCCUCUAAAGUCAAAGCAGAAGGACCAGGGCUCUCCCGCUCAGGAGUGGAGAGUGGAAAACCCACCCAUUUCACCGUGCACACCAAAGGAGCAGGCAAAGCCCCCUUGGAUGUGCAGUUUUCUGGACCCAGCAAAGGACAGCCUGUCCAAGACUUUGAGAUUAUUGACAAUUACGACUAUUCUUACACUGUCAAAUACACCCCUGUUCAACAGGGGGAGAUGGUGAUUACGGUGACAUUUGGAGGUGACCCCAUCUCCAAAAGCCCGUUUACCGUGGGCGUGGCAGCUCCUCUGGACAUCAACAAGAUUGAAGUCAACGGAUUAGAGAGCAGAGUCGAGGUUGGCCAGGAUCAGGAGUUUGCUAUUGGCACUAAAGGAGCGGGUGGCCAAGGCAAGCUGGACGUGAAGAUCACCAGCCCAUCUGGCAAGGCCAUGCCUUGUACCGUAGAACCCGGCAAAGGUGCCAGCCUAGUGAAGUACAUACCUAAAGAGGAGGGAGUCUACUCAGUGGAUGUCCUUUACGAUGGGAACCCAGUGCCAGGGAGCCCAUUCCCUGUGGAGGCUACGCUUCCCCCAGAUCCCAGCAAGGUGAAGGCCUUUGGGCCAGGCUUGAAAGGUGGUUUGGUUGGCAAUCCUGCAGAGUUCACUAUUGACACCAAGGGUGCAGGUACUGGAGGCCUUGGCCUGACCGUGGAGGGUCCCACCGAGGCUAAAAUCGAGUGCUCUGACAAUGGUGAUGGGACAUGCUCUGUGUCCUACCUGCCCACGGAACCGGGUGAAUACCUGGUCAACAUCCUGUUUGAAAAUGUUCACAUCCCCGGCUCCCCCUUCCAUGCCAACGUCGAAAUGCCCUUUGACCCUACCAAAGUGGUGGCAUCGGGCUCUGGGCUGAAGAGAGGCAGGGUCGGAGAGACCAGUGUGGUGAAUGUGGACUGUGCCCUUGCAGGACCUGGACAGCUGACAAUGGAGGCCGUGUCUGACUCAGGCUCUAAAGCCAAAACAGAGGUGCUGGAUAACAAAGACGGUACAUACACGGUCACCUACGUGCCUCUGACAGCAGGAAUGUAUACACUGCUGCUGAAGUAUGGCGACAAAACGGUGCCCAAGUUCCCUGCCAAAGUUAUGGUGGAUGCAGCUGUAGACACUAGCAAAGUGAAGGUGUUCGGGCCAGGAGUAGAAGGAGAAGGAGUGUUCCGAGAGGCCACCACUGAUUUCACCGUCGAUGCCCGUCCUCUGAGUAAAGUGGGUGGUGACCACAUCAAAGCCAAGGUCAAGAACCCAUCAGGUGCUGUUACCGACUGCUCAGUCACAGACAAAGGCGAUGGCACCUACAACGUGGAGUACACACCCUUUGAAAAUGGAGCACACAGUGUUGAGGUUCUCUAUGAUGACACUCCUGUACCUAAGAGUCCAUUCAGAGUGGGAGUGACUGAGGGCUGUGAUCCCUCUCGUGUGCUGGCCAAAGGCCCAGGGCUGGAGGAGGCCCUCACAGACAAGCCCAACAAGUUCUCUAUUGUUACAAGAGGAGCCGGCAUUGGUGGUUUGGGCAUCACAGUAGAAGGUCCAUCAGAGUCAAAAAUGUCUUGCAAGGACAACAAGGAUGGCAGCUGUAAUGUGGAGUAUACCCCAUAUGUUCCUGGGGUUUAUGAUGUCAAUAUCACCUAUGGAGGAAAGCAUAUUCCAGGAAGCCCGUUUAAGGUGCCAGUGAAGGACGUGGUGGACUCCAGUAAAGUGAAGGUUUCUGGACCUGGAGUAGGCUCUGGAGUCCGGGCCAAGGUUCCUCAGUCUUUCACUGUGGACUGCAGCAAGGCGGGCGUGGCCCCUCUCUCUGUGGCUGUCACAGGUCCCAAAGGUAUUGCGGAGCCAGUGGAGGUAAAAGAUAACGGUGAUGGCACACACACUGUGGCUUACACACCCUCUGUGGAGGGGCCGUACUCUGUGGCAGUCAAGUAUGCUGAUGAGGAGAUACCACGAAGCCCGUUCAAGAUGCGUGUACUGCCAACUCACGAUGCCAGUAAAGUGCGUGCCAGUGGGCCAGGCCUUACCACAGGACUGCCAGCCAGCUUGCCUGUGGAGUUUACCAUUGAUGCCAAGGACGCUGGGGAAGGGCAGCUGUCAGUACAGAUCACAGACCAGGAAGGGAAACCAAAGAAAGCCAACAUUCAUGACAACGACGAUGGCACAUACAAGGUGUCCUAUGUGCCAGACAAGGUGGGCCGGUACACCAUUGUCAUAAAGUACGGCGGUGAUGAAAUCCCAACUUCUCCUUACCGAGUGCGAGCAACUACCACAGGAGAUGCCAGCAAGUGCACAGUCACUGGUCCUGGCAUUGGCCCUACCAUCGGCAUCGGCGAAGAGGUUGGCUUUGUGGUGAACACUAAGGGUGCGGGGAAAGGCAAGGUCUCCUGCAUCGUCGUCACUCCUGAUGGGACUGAAGUGGAGGCUGAGGUCAUCGAGAAUGAAGAUGGGACCUUUGACAUCUUCUAUACUGCACCAAAGCCAGGGACUUACGUUAUUUAUGUGCGUUUUGGUGGAGAGAACAUUCCUAGGAGCCCCUUCAAAGUCAUGGCAACUGGCGAGCCUCCUCUGGUGCAGCAGUCAGUCGAGCAGCAGCAGCAGAGCGCUCCUGGAGCCGGUUUCCAGCCUUGGGUGACUGACUCCUCCUACAACAGCAUGAAUGGCACAGGUUUCAGACCCUUCGACAUGGUGAUUCCAUUUGCUUUCAGGAAAGGCGAAAUCACAGGUGAGGUCCACAUGCCAUCUGGCAAGACAGCAGAGCCCGAGAUCAUCGACAACAAGGAUGGGACUGUUACAGUGAAGUACGCCCCCACAGAGGCAGGCCUUCAUGAAAUGCACAUCAAGUACAAUGGCACUCACAUACCAGAGAGUCCUCUACAGUUCUAUGUCAACAACGCCAACAGUCCCAAUGUUACCGCUUACGGGCCUGGCCUCGUCUAUGGCGUUGCAAACAAGGUCGCUACUUUUACCAUUUACACCGAGGACGCCUCAGAAGGAGGUCUGGACUUGGCUAUUGAGGGCCCUUCUAAGGCAGAGAUCAGCUGUGUGGACAAUAAGGAUGGCACAUGCACUGUCACCUACCUGCCCACGCUACCUGGUGACUACAACAUUCUGGUGCGCUACAAUGACAAGCACAUUGCUGGCAGCCCCUUCACUGCCAGGAUUACGGAGGACAACAAGAGGAGGUCUCAGGUGAAGCUGGGUUCCGCUGCAGACUUUGCUUUGGACAUUAAUGAGACUGACCUCAGCCUGCUCACAGCCACUAUCAAAGCACCGUCCGGCCGCGACGAGCCCUGUCUGCUCAAGAGACUGCCCAACAACCAUAUAGGCAUUUCCUUCAUCCCGAGAGAGGUUGGGGAACACCUUGUGAGCAUUAAGAAAAAUGGUCGUCAUAUUGCCAAUAGUCCCAUCACUAUUAUGGUGGUUCAGUCUGAGAUCGGGGACGCCAGCAAGGUGAAGGUCUUUGGCCAAGGCCUAGUGGAGGGUCGUACCUUUGAGAUGUCUGACUUUGUUGUGGACACCAGGGAGGCAGGUUAUGGAGGCUUGGCUCUGUCUAUUGAGGGCCCCAGUAAAGUUGAUAUUCAGACAGAGGAUCUGGAGGAUGGAACCUGUGGGGUGUCCUACUGCCCCACUGAGCCUGGCACCUACAUUGUGUCCAUCAGGUUUGCUGAGGAGCAUGUCCCAGGGAGCCCUUUUAGUGUGAAAGUGACAGGUGAGGGACGCAUCCGUGAGAGCAUCACUCGUCGGCAGAAAGCAGCCUCCGUCGCCACCAUUGGCAGUGUAUGUGAUCUUAACCUGAGGAUACCAGAGAUCGAUGUCCACGACGUGUCGGCUCAGGUCACCAGCCCCUCGGGGACCACCGAGGCGGCCGAGAUUGUUGCCGCGGGCAACCACACUUACUGCGUACGCUUCGUACCGCGCGAGAUGGGCGUACACACGGUCAGCGUGAAGUACCGUGGGCAGCAUGUGCCGGGCAGCCCCUUCCAAUUCACAGUGGGACCCUUUGGGGAGGGAGGGGCUCACAAGGUGCGCGCAGGGGGACCCGGACUGGAAAAGGCAGAAGCAGGAGUCCCAGCUGAGUUUAAUAUCUGGACGCGAGAGGCUGGUGCCGGGGGACUGGCCAUCGCUGUGGAGGGGCCCAGUCGGGCAGAGAUUUCCUUUGAAGACAGAAAAGAUGGCUCCUGUGGUGUUUCCUAUGUAGCUCAGGAGCCUGGGGACUACGAGGUUUCUAUUAAGUUCAACGAUGAGCACAUCCCAGACAGCCCCUAUCUGGUGCCAGUCUGCGCACCGACAGAUGAUGCACGACGUCUCACUGUUUCCAGUCUUCAGGAGUCAGGUCUCAAGGUGAACCAGCCAGCCUCUUUUGCAGUGCGUCUGAAUGGAGCUCAGGGCACCAUCAGUGCCAAAGUGCACAGCCCCUCUGGUGCCCUGGAGGAAUGUGUGGUGUCUGAGCUUGAGAAAGACAAGUACGCCAUCCGUUUCAUCCCGCGGGAAAACGGCGUGCACUCCAUCGACGUCAAGUUCAACGGCACCCACAUCCCCGGGAGCCCCUUCCAAGUCAGGGUGGGUGAGCCCGGACAGAGCGGAGACGCUGGCCUUGUCACUGCCUACGGAGCAGGUCUAGAGAGAGGAACCACAGGCAACCAGGCUGAGUUCACUAUCAACAACACCAAAGCUGGACCAGGCUCCCUGGCCCUGACUAUUGAGGGCCCCUCUAAAGUGAAGAUGGACUGUCAGGAAUGUCCAGAGGGUUACAAAGUACAUUACACCCCAAUGGCCCCCGGAAAUUAUCUCAUCAGCAUCAAAUACGGAGGCCCCAACCACAUCAGCGGCAGUCCUUUCAAGGCCAAAGUCACAGGUCAACGGCUGGUAAACGUGAGCAAUGCCAGUGAGAUAUCCACACUGAUGGUGGAUUCAGUGACCAAGUCCAGCAGUGCAAACACACAGAGUGCCAUGCCCAAGUCUGCCUCAGACGCCAGCAAGGUGGUCAGUCGAGGACCCGGCCUGAGCAAAGCCUUCGUGGGCCAGAAAGCCAACUUCUCAGUGGACUGCAGCAAAGCAGGAAAGAACAUGCUAUUGGUGGGAGUCCAUGGCCCUCACACUCCCUGUGAGGAGAUCAUGGUGAAACACAUGGGCAGCAUGCAGUACAACGUCAGUUACAUCCUCAGAGAGAGGGGCAGUUACGUCCUGGCCGUCAAAUGGGGAGAAGACCACAUCCCUGGAUCCCCCUUCCAUGUCACUGUCCCCUAAAUUCGCUCCUUAAGGGAAAACCAGAGCUCCCACCUGGGAGAGAGAGAGAGACAGUUUGGGAAAAGAGUGGAGGCAAAUGGCCAAAUCAUGAAAAUCUUAGGCUUAAUUCAAACCUAAUUUGGAUUCUGACAAAUUUGCACUUGAUCAGAUUUUUACAUGUAUGUGAGUUUGACGACAGUUUAUCGAUUCAUGGGAUGUAAAUUCCUUUUCAAACAUACAAUGACACGUUUGAGUUUGACUGCCCUGUAGCACAGAACAAUGAAUGACACACAUGAAUGGAAAUGAUCAUCAUUGUUAAUUGAACCUGGGAUGAUUACCCUUGACUUUUACUUACUACUGAUGGUAAACAUUUUAUUUGACUGUUUUCAAUGUAUUUUCAGCCAAUUGUAUUGUAUGCAAUGUCAUUGUAUUCCCUUUUCUAUUGCUCUGCUGUUUUAAUUCUUCUGACUGAUGCCUAAACUGGAUUGAGAUGUUUACAUGCUAAUAUUGAAUCAAACUAAUCAGUUACGGUGAGGAAGAAAAAAUGGUCUUGUGGCACUCCUAUUUUAUGUUUCUUUUGCAACAUUUAAGUUCUUUUCUAUGACUAACUCCUGCUGAGGUCUGAAAGAGAGAGUUAGGAGUGUAAUAGAAAGAGUUAGACAUGUCAUUUCUUCUUAACUUUAAAGCACAUUAUGUAGUUUACAGUAGUAAAGGAGAACAUAUGAUAAAAGUGUGCUGCAUGAUCCUUUACUUUUCUUGCCCAAUAAUCAAGACAGAUGAUGAUAAUGAUGAUGAUGAUGUUUAACUUAUCUUCAGUGCAGUCCACUGUGUGUAAUUAUUUGGGGUUCAAGGCAUGAUAUUUGUUAAGUACGUUUUUAAAUAGUAAAUUUUUACUGACAUAACCAAUCACAUUACCAAAAAAACCACAGUAUUCUGAAUUAACGUGUUUGUCUGGCUUUGUUUGCAUCAGAGAAAACAUUGUUAUGAUCAUUUUAAUAAACCCCACUAAACUCUCAGCAGCAGUCUUUAGGGAAAUAUCUAUGUAUGCCUCUGGUAUUGAUGCUUGUCUUAUAUUAUGUUGCUUAAUUAUGAUAGUUUUGAUACUCAUGUGAUGCAAUAUUUUGUAAAGCUGUUCAAAAGCAAGAGGGAAGAGAUGCUCUUUUUUUGCAUUUUGCCUUUGCCUUGGGUGCCUUAAUGUGAAACACAUGUUUAGAAGUGGUGUACAUGAUGUACAUUUGGUAAUUAAAAAAGAAACUGGAAUAAAGA